UUUCGUUUCCAGAGGUUAUGAAAUGGUGUUGGUUUUUUCGUCCAUCCCAUGCCUUCUUUUCUCCACGCACGGCUGUUAAAGAAAGAAAGUCCUCUCUUUCUGUAACCCUUCCCUCUCUUGAUUCGUCGAAUUUUGGCCAUAGAUUGGGGAGAAGCCGAUUCCGAUAACAAUAUCGUAUUCGAGAUCGCCUUCUUCUUUCUAGGGUUCCUCUUCCAGAAGAAGGUGCCUUUUGUCCAUGUCUAAUUCCCACAGAGGAGCCUUCUAUGGCGGUGGUGGGCCUUUGAGAUCAAGAGAAGGUAUUAACACGAGAGCGGCCGCUAACUCCAAUGAGAUCCAAUUGAGGAUCGACCCGAUGCAUGCUGAUUUGGACGAAGAGAUAGUCGGCCUUCGCUCAAAGCUCUCACAAUUGAAAAACGUAGCUCAAGAAAUAGGGUCAGAGGCAAAGUUUCAGAAUGACUUCAUAACCCAAUUGCAAAUGACAAUGAUCAAAGCUCAAGCUGGUGUGAAAAACAACAUGAGAAGGUUGAAUAAGAGCAUAAUCCAGCAGGGCUCGAACCAUGUCAUGCACGUUGUCCUUUUUGCGCUCCUUUGCUUCUUUGCUGUCUAUUUGUGGUCCAAGAUUUCUAGAAGGUGAGAAGUGAAAACCCACCUGGGCAUGCAUGUGUGGAGUCUUCGAAAAGCAGUGGGUUUUGGGAAUUUGCAAGUCUUUUCCAACCUUCAACGCCCUAAUAUCAUAUGUGGUUCCAAUGUAAACCUUCUUGAACUAUUGCUGUUGCUGCUGUAGGUAACUGUUAACUUGAAAAGGGUCUGGUCCAGCUAUUGAAAAAUCAGUAUUACUGUCAUGUACUCGAAUAUUGGUAGCACUAAGAUAAUUAGAGCUUUGGUCUUAUCAAGUUGAUAUUUUGCUA